AUGUUGACGACGACGAGGAGCGCAUCAUCCGGGGCCGUGGCGUCCACUUCUGCUUCGUCCAGAGGAGUGAACAACCGAACCGCGAGAUUUUUAUCUUCUUCGUCUUCGAGUGUAUUCAUGAGAAAAGAAUUUUCUCAGCUCCUCGUACUCAAAAGCGGCGGCAGAGCGGAAGAGAAUUAUCCACUCCCAUCUUCGCGGCGUUCGAGGCGAGGACACUUCUCCGUGAAGCCGCGUUCUGCUUCCGCUUCCUCUCAAAGUUUCGAAAACGAAGAGAAAGACACCAACAAUAAAGGUGAGAUCUUCUUCCCGAUCGCCCCGGGACGAAGAAGCGAUGGUAAAAGGCACAAAAAGACCGAGAUCCACGCGAUAAGUGAACCGAGAAAACCGAGCAGCAGCGCGAACGAGGGCAAGACCGGAUCUGCGACCUCGAGGGCAAAAUCAUCGUCUCACAAGGGAGGAAAGAAAAAGCCCUCCUCUUCCUCUUCUUCCAACAAGAGAUCGCCUUUAUCGAACGGAGGACAGUCGUCACCGAACGGAGGAGGAGGAUCUUCUUCUCACUAUAAACCGUUCACGCCGACGUCGUCGAAAGUCAGCAACGUGAGGAGAAAAAAAUUUGCGCCCUUAAUCGCGGGCGUGGCCGAUAACGUCCCUCUGGACGAGUUGUUGGAAAAAUAUCCAAACUUUGCAGAUUGUUUAGGACCGAAGAAGUACGAUUCUGGACAUUUUAUUCGAUUAUACAGCGAUUUAGUUCGGUGCGAUCGAUUGGGAGACGCGAUUGAUUUGCUGCAACGACUGAGCGACGCCAAGGUUCCGUGCUUGAACGAUACGAGAAUAAGGAAACACGGGACGGUGGAUUUCUUGGUGUCGUGCGAGCGAUCGAACAAGUUGAGCAACUCGCCGGUGACGCACGCGUUUACGUUUACGAAUUUGGUUUUGGGAGCUGCGAGAGAGGAGUUAUCGAACGCAGAAGUUGCGACGAUAUAUAACAAGCUCUUGGCGGUGUGCUCUGCGCACGGAGACUGCGAGGCGGCGGCAAAGGCGUUUGAGCAAAUGAAGCAAGAUCCAAAAGGGUUAACCAUUGACGUCAUCACGCACACGAGCUUGAUUGUAGCCUACGGGAAGGCUGGGAAAGUCGAUUUGGCGUUCGAUCAGUUCAAUACGAUGACGAAAAAAGACAAAAUCGAACCGACUAUCGUUACGUACGGGGCGUUAAUGGACGCGUUGUCUCGAGAGGUUGGAAGGCGUUCGGGCAACGGCGGUUUCAAAUCGAACAACAAGAAGGAUAUUUCGUACGUGAAAGAUGCGUUGGAUCGCGUGUUUAACUUGCGCUCGGAUUUGCAAGCGAGUGGGUUGCAUAUGGACGUGAGAGUGUUGAAUUGCUUGGUCUCCGCGUGCGGACGAGCGGCGGCUUUUGAAGAGUUGAGAACGGACGCGCUCGAUCGCGCUUUUGACAUUGUCGCCGAAUCUCGUCGAAACGGGUUGUUUCCAGACGCUAUCACGUACUCUUCGCUGAUGAGCGGGUGUGUCAAUGCCGGCGAGCCGCAGAGAGCGUUAGCGUUGUACGAUGAAAUGGAGACGAAGGGCGUCGCGAGAACGGCGUCGGUGUACGCCACCGCCAUUCACGCGUGCGCGACGGAGUACGACUACGACAACUCUGCACCAAACUAUCGUAAGGCGUUCAAGAUUUGGGAAGAGGUGCAACAAAACAAACCGAGAGUGGUGGUGGAUCCAGUUUUAUACGCGACGAUUUUGACCGUCGCGAGUCGAGCCGGGAACGUUGAAAUGUGCGCCAAUUUAAUCAGAGAGAUGGAAAUGAACGGAUCGAUGAUGUCGCCUGCGGUUGUUUCGAACAUGUGCGGAUCGUUUGCGCGAGCCGGUGAUGCUGGAGCGGUAGAUCGCAUCUUAUCUGACGCUGAAAAGUCCAAUGAAAUUGUCCCGCGCGCUUGCUACAACGCGUUGAUCAAUUCGUUUGCGAGAGAUGCUGAUCUUGAAGGAGCGACGAAAGCUUACGAUCGAUUGAUUGAAUCCGGGCAAUCGCCGGAUGAGAUUACAUUCGAAGGACUCAUUUUAGCCGCCGCGAAGAAAACAGAAACGCUCGCAGAAGCCAAGAAAUUGUUACAAGAGGCGUUGGAUUUGGGUUUGCGACCGACUUUACCGACGUACAACGCGUUGGUCAGAGGUUUCGGUCGAGCCGGGGACUUGAACAAAACGUACGCCACGGUCAAGGCGAUGAAGUACGCCGGGUACACGCCGGACGAGAUGACGUGGAGAGAACUCUUAUUCUCGUGCGCUCGUCAUGGAAACUGCCUGCUCGCGUGGGAUGCGUAUAAAAGUUCUCGCGCAGCUGGAAUUGCGCCAUGUGAGGUGACUUUGAAUACCAUUCUCGGUGCUAUUCUCGCGCACAUUCGCACGUUGACAGAUCCGACCAGAUUAGCUUCGGAUAAACCCGGUCACGGAUUGACGGAUACGACUACGAGUGGUGAAAUCGCCAGCUCAGUGGCGCAACCGGCUUGGAAGGAAUGGGCUGAUCGAGCGACGGCAGUGUUCCACGAAGCGACCACGCACGGUGUGAAACCGAGAGUUGAAACGUUUUCUUCCAUGCUCGCGUGUUUGCGACCGCCGACAGAUCAAGAAGUGCAGUUAGCGUCGAAGUACGGGGGCGAAUCGCUCGCAAGAUUGGUCACUCACCAAUCAAACGUUCACGAAGAUGCGGCGACAUACUACCCAACCAAGGCGUUGAUAUUGUUUGAAGAAGCGCAGGCGAUUGGUAUCGUUCCCCAAUUCGAGAUGAGCGAAGACUCGGAGUACGACAUGCGAAAUUUUCCUCCGGCGGCUGCGGAAGUUGCGCUCUUGACGUUGAUUCGAAAGAUCAAAAGACACGUAGAAGCGCACGGCGAGAAAGAUCUGAAGAACAGAUUACCAACAUUUACACUUCUCGUUCGCGAGAAGCCGGAAAUGUUGGUCGACGAAGAUGGAUACCUCGUUUCGUCUAGCGCGGAUGAGUCGCUCGCCGAUCGUGGCGCGACGAGACGCUUGGAAAGAACGGGCGAACGUCUCGUCGUGCUUCUGAGAAGAUUGCGAAUUAACUAUGCCGGAUCGCUUGAAAGAGGAAAGAUUGAGCUCUCUUCCCACAUCAUGUAUCGCUGGAUCCACGGUAAAUCGUCCGCUCCCCACGCGUUGCCAGGCAUGGAGGCCAGAUUAGCCGACGACAUCACCAUGCAGGCGAUGCGCAUUCGUUCGAGAGAUAUGAUGAGCGGCAGAGGAACUAUUGAUCAUUACGGAAAUGACGCGGACGAAGACAGUUCAUUCAUUCCUGGAUACAGAGCCCCGGUGUUUAGAAACCCGAACGCGAAUUACGGCCGAUCUGAUGGCGGAUACGGGGCCGGUGGUAGAUGGUCUCGAACCGGAUGGUCCCAGAGUUCCUACGACGACAUUCCUUCGGAUCAACAUUUGAGCAUGGAUGACUUGGACGAUUUGAUCAAGAAUAGGACAUAA